AGUAAAUAACAAAACGGAAGAACUGUAGCAAGUUGGUAUCUCUCUGAAAACUUGCAAAACCUGAGAAGCUAGCCUGUUUAAAACAGGAAGCUAUGUUGUUUACUACCUGACUGGUGUAUGUGAUCAAACGUUAUCUCUGUUUCAUUAGCAGUGAGACCUAAUUUACUACUGGACUCAAAAAGGACUUAGCAAAAAUCACCAGAGACAAGUAGAAUGGCAUUCAACACAGAUGAAAUCAAGACUGUCGUUGAAAGCUUUGAGACCACACCCUAUGAAUAUGAGUGGGCACCGCCAUGUGAAAAAGUCAGCAUCAAAGAGCUGGGGUCAUGGCUCCUACCUCCACUGUACUCCCUGGUGUUCAUCAUCGGCCUCCUGGGCAACAUAAUGGUCGUGUUGAUCCUCAUAAAGUACAGGAAGCUACAAAUCAUGACUAAUAUCUACCUGCUCAACUUGGCAAUGUCUGAUCUUCUCUUUCUCUUCACUGUCCCAUUCUGGAUUCACUAUGUUCUGUGGAAUGAGUGGGGAUUUGGCCACUACAUGUGUAAAAUUCUCUCUGGGUUUUAUUACCUGGCUUUGUACAGUGAGAUCUUUUUCAUCAUCCUGCUGACAAUUGACAGGUACCUGGCUAUUGUCCAUGCUGUGUUUGCCCUUCGAGCCCGAACUGUGACUUUUGCUACUAUCACCAGCGUCAUCACCUGGGGCCUGGCAGGACUGGCAGCAUUGCCUGAAUUUAUCUUUCAUGAGUCCCAAGACAACUUAGGAGAGCUUUCCUGCAGUCCUCGCUACCCAGAGGGUGAAGAAGACAGUUGGAAGCGUUUCCAUGCUCUAAGAAUGAACAUCUUUGGUCUAGCUCUUCCUCUCCUCAUCAUGGUUAUCUGCUACUCAGGAAUCAUUAAAACUCUGCUGAGAUGCCCCAAUAAAAAGAAACACAAGGCCAUACGGCUUAUUUUUGUUGUUAUGAUAGUCUUUUUUAUUUUUUGGACUCCGUACAACCUGGUUCUCCUUCUUUCUGCUUUUCACAGCACAUUUUUGGAGACCAGUUGUCAGGAGAGUAAACACCUGGACCUGGCCAUGCAGGUGACUGAGGUGAUUACCCACACCCACUGCUGUAUCAAUCCAGUAAUCUAUGCCUUUGUUGGUGAGAGGUUCCGGAAACACCUUCGGGUCUUUUUCCACAGACAUGUGGCAAUCUACCUGGGAAAAUAUAUUCCAUUUCUUCCUGGUGAGAAAAUGGAAAGAACAAGCUCUGUCUCCCCAUCAACUGGGGAGCAAGAAGUCUCUGUGGUGUUUUAGGUGGGCAGAGAAAACUGUCUCUCACUCUAUGGAUUGGAAGAUGAAGCAAACACAUUAAGUCAGUCACAACGACUUCUAGCUCAGUCAUUUGUACUUUCCAUGCAACGCUGAUGCUCUCAAAGACCCAAAUCACACAUAAUGACUCCAGAAUGUCUUCAUGGACCCUCAAGGUCAUUACUAGAGGUCAUGUGCUGGCCAGUUGACAAUUCACCCAAUAUGAAAAGAACAGCUUUUCUUGAUUCUCUAAAGAGUUGCAUAUGUUCUGAUUCACUUAAAUGUUAAGUAAUCCAUUCAGGACAAGUAGGAAGGUUUAAAAAGUAUUUAAACUUCUACUUUAGCCAAUUUUUUUUUACAUCAGUGAAAUGUUUCACAAAAUGCAUUUACUUUAUUUCCUAACAUGAGUAGGUUUUUUCUUCUUCUUGAUGAAUGGCUUUCUUUUUUUCUCUUUCAUUAUUAUUAUUAUUAGCAUUUGUAAAUGAAUUAUUGCUUUUGCAGGAGACUGGAUGUUAUAUCUUGUUUAAUUUUUCUUAAAAGUCAAAUGAAAUAGUAUUUUAUAUUAGUGACUGAGAGCAUCUUGGAAGGAACACAUUGUCCUCCUAAAUGCCAGUUUUAUGUUGAAAAAAUAGGCUGUGGUCAUCUGUAUUGAGAAGUCCAGGUGUGGUGCUAUCGUCAAUUCUUCCUAGACUUGACAUCAUAAGUACCUGGAGGGUAUAUUGACACAUGCACAGAUGACUCCUAUUAUAGGAGAAGAAUUGAAAUUUGGAGAUAGGCAUUAAGAUUAACAGAUAAAAUAAGUAAGACUGGAAACCUCUUUUCACCUGCCCUCACAUACCAAAUAGAGCAUGUCCAAGAAAAGUCCAUGACAUCACACAGGAAGAAGUUGGCACUAUGCAAAUUACCCACGAAUGAUAAGAAUUCAUAUGAUAGAGUGCUUUUGGGUGUCUGUCUUUUCCCAGAUCAUUAGCCUACUUGUAUUCUGUAUGUCUAUCAUUAUCUAUGAGUUCAUUAUUCUGGCACACAAAACCCUAGAAAUCUCAGGAGGUGCUCUCUGAACUCAAAUGUGGACUUACAAUACCACCCCAGAGCUUAUGAUUUAUGUUCGAAGUGAGGCCUGAGUAUCAACAACAGGUUCCACGGUGAUGGCCACAAUACUUGUCCCAAGAUCACACUUUUAGAAUUAUGUUGUUACCGUGAUGCUUUCAGAGACUCAACAAUUGAAACUGAGAAUUUCACAAGUGCUGUGGGAGGAGUAUAUGGGCCCUUUAGAUGUUUAUGAUAAGAUUAUAUGUCAUUAUGGUCAGUUGAUAAGAUACGUUAGUCUAUCUGAAACAUUACUAUAGGAGGAACUUACAGUUCUAUCAGUCUAUCGGUUUUAUACAGUAGAACCUUUCUUGAGUAUAUGUAUUUAGUACUCUGAACUAGAAGCUGUGAGAGACACAAAAAUGAAUGAGGAAAAACUGGAGUGAAUAUGCCUCAGGUACCUUUCUCUCACUCCUUCUCUUUCUGUUGAUUAUAGCCUUUUAUGGAUAUAACUUCUAAGCCUUUACUUAACUUGUGUUUGUAAUAUGGCACUUUUCUUCUGGGUAUAACAUGGUCAUCUUGUGGUUAUUUUGGAAGUAGAGAUUACCUUGGUCUAAUAACCAUGACAGCUAUUUGAGCAGACCAAUGUAGAGGUUAGACAGUAGUGAUGCUAUCAUAGCUACUGAUACUCCACAGUAGAAGGAAAUCUAGGGCCACAGUACCAUCAUCUUGUGUUCCAACCAUUCCUCUCUUCUGCUGUAACAUGCACAUGAUCUUGCUCCCAUGAUCUUUCAUGACAAAGAUACAUAAGAUUGGAAGAGUCACUUAAAAGUGUGACUCCAUGAUUGCAUUUUCAUGAAGUUAUUAUUUGUGAUGGGAUAAAAUUUUGUGAUGAGACAGCUGUUUGAGGGUAACUCACUUUUUAAAAAAGUAUCCCUUCAAUAAUGCUCAUUAAGUAGGCUCAAUAAACUCAUUGGUUUGCUAAAUUGAA